GGGCGUAGCACAAGUUGUGGCCACUGACUGGAGGGUUGGCUGGAGGAAGCAGUGUGCAUCUGACUGUGGAGUUGGGGUAGUGUAUCACGCUCCUCUCUCAGUGCUGUGCUAGUGAGUGUGCCGUUCUGGACACCUCUCACAGCAUCAGUGCAUCACAUUCUUGACAAGGAUUACACAGACGAAUCGUGUUCAGGUGGUUUAUACAAGAAUUUGAGUGUUAGAACAUCAGAGAAGAGUGGAUCACUUCAGACGUCCAAGAGAAAAGUCAAAGGUCGCGAGGAGAGGUGGUUGGCGCCACCGCAAGCAGCAGCAGCCACAGGAAAUCACUGCCGCAGCAGCAGCAAACACAGCACCACCGGUAGCAGGAGCGACAGCAGGCGUGGGGGGGGGUCACGAGUAGCAGUGGCAAGGACAUUAGCCAAGGGAUCACCAGCAGCACCAGUGAGCAAGAACAGCCGAUUGGUCACCAGUCAGUGAUUCAUCAACACUUGUUGCAGCACAGUCCAUGUGUGUGCAGAUCACUGUCUAGUUUACACCAGUCAUCAUGCAGUUCACACACAUAUGUGGACUGUGUUUACUAAUACUUUUGGCAGUAGUUUGUUCAGGUUUGAGCAGUGAGCAGCCCCACUACGACUACAACCGCGAUGGCACUCAGUCAGUGGGGGACCAGAGUGUACCAUUACCAACAGGAGACCUGACACCUGUCGUGGAGAGUGUACUGUCUGACGAGAGUGUCUUGUCUGACGAGGGACAGCGGCAGGCAGUCAGGACCAGAGCCAAGACUUACCGCACCUCCUCCUCCAGCACCAGAGUCAUCCGUCCAGGGGACGCGGAGGCAGAGUACGACCCUCAGCGGCAGGGCGGCGUCUUCUACGGCACCUCCUAUGUCCCGUCUACCCACAGGCGGGGCAAGGGCCGGGGCCGCUCCCGCCAGUCUUCUUCUUCAUCUUCCUCUCCUCCCUCCUCCUCCUCCUCCUCCUCUUCCACCUCGGUGACGGGUGCUGAUGGGGUGACUCGGGAGACAGUGAAGCACACCUCCCGUGGUAGCCCAGGCUCCGGCCUUCACAACACCUCCCACACCUACACUACCUUGUACCCUGAGUCUGGUCACACCCGCGGCGCUGGAUCCAGGCCCACCUCUGACCCGUCUCGCUCCUCUUCCCAGCACACGUCCGUCAGACGCGUGUCAUCGUCGUCAUCGUCACGGUCGGCAGGAGUAGGGAGGAAGGUAGAAGAGACGGCAGAGGAGGAGACUCCGCCCAUUGUGGAUGAGUCGUAUUUUGACCAGCGUCGCGGCCAGACUGAAGACGGUCAGGACUACUUUCGGUGGAACGGACGCGAGAUUACGGGCGUCAGCCGUCCUCCUGGGUCGUCGUCCGUCUCGCGUCACGUUAAAACCAGUAAGACCACCACCACUACUACUACUACCACCCAUAAACGUCCAGGCACCACUACUACCUACACUUACACUCACCCUGGGGGCUCGAGGGUCUCCACCUUCAGGAACACCACCACCUACACUUCCCAUAUCCCAGGAUAUUCCACGUCGGAGAGCCACACUGGCUUAGUCAGCUCUGGUUCCUCGCGCACCUCCAGCACCCACUAUGGAACCACUUACAACCGUCAUUACGACUCUCGCGGAAGUACCUCCAUCAGUGGAGGCGGUGUCAGCACCUCUUCCGUCGGUGGAGGCAGCGCCAGCACCUCAUCCGUCAGUGGAAGCGGCGUCAGCAGGGAAGGUGAAGUGGGUUUCGGCGAAAGCUAUCACAGGAACACUGAGGAGGAGCUGUUGACACACGAGUACGAAGAGGAGGAAUACGACGAGCAGUUCGCCCGCGGUCCCAUCAUCUCCGAAGUGGAUCGUACUCACCCCUUCGUGGUGCGAGGGCUGGGAGCCGCCUCAGGUUAUGGGCAGCGGUCUUCUCAACCAUGUGACCAGAGCUCGUGCUACCCAGCCACAGGCAACCUGCUCAUAGGUCGUGAGAAGAGCCUCUCUGCUACCUCCACCUGUGGCCUUUAUAAGAGGGAGCGGUACUGCAUUGUGUCUCACCUAAAGGACCGCAAGAAGUGCUUCUGGUGUGAUUCUCGGCCACAGUGGGAUGGCAGUCCCCAGUAUUCCCACAAAAUAGAUAAUAUUGUCUACAGAUUAGACCCUCGUACUCAGCGGCGUUCGUGGUGGCAAAGUGAAAAUGGUUUACAAGAUGCUAGCAUUCAACUGAACUUGGAAGCAGAAUUUCAUUUUACACAUCUUAUAAUCAAAUUCAGAACCUUUAGACCUGCUGCUAUGCUCUUUGAGAGAUCUUUUGACUUUGGAAAGACAUGGAAGGUGUACAGAUACUUCGCUUAUGAUUGUGCUGAAGCUUUUCCAGGAAUCCCUCAGGGUCCUCCAUCCUCUAUAAAUGAUGUAGUUUGUGAAUCGCGUUAUUCAGCUGUUGAACCAUCCACAGAGGGUGAAGUGAUAUUCAGAGUUCUUCCACCAAAUAUUGAGAUAGAAAACCCAUACAGUGAUGAAGUUCAGAACUUGCUGAAAAUUACCAAUUUACGUGUCAACUUUACCAAACUUCAUACUCUUGGGGAUCAACUUCUUGACAACAGACGUGAAAUUAAGGAAAAAUAUUAUUAUGCCAUAUAUGAUAUGGUAGUAAGAGGAUCUUGUUCAUGCUAUGGGCAUGCAUCACGCUGCCUGCCAUUACCAGGCGUAGAAGAUCGAGCAGAUAUGGUUCAUGGCCGCUGUGAGUGCACACACAAUACUAUAGGUCUUAAUUGUCAAAAGUGUCAAGACUUCUUCAAUGAUUUACCUUGGAGACCUGCUGUUGGAAAAGAAUCCAAUGCUUGUAAAAAAUGUAACUGCAACAAUCACGCAUCACUGUGUCAUUUUGAUCCACAAGUCUACGAAGACACAGGAAGUAUCUCUGGGGGUGUAUGUGAUGACUGUACUCACAACACUCAGGGUCGCAAUUGUGAAGAAUGUCUCCCAUUCUAUUUUCAAGAUCCCAAUAGAGAUAUACGGGAUCCUGAAAUAUGCCAGCCCUGCAACUGUGAUACUCGAGGAUCAUUAGACAAUGCCAUAUGUGAUUCUCGCACUGACAUAUCUGGUGGCCUAAUUGCCGGGCCCGGUCCAUGUAAAACAAAUUUUAUAAAUUUUAAUAUUCCAGGAAUCACAGAAGAUUAUUAUUCUCAACCAAAAUCAGAAUGGCCUCGGAAACCUUGUUCAUGUGAUCUCCUUGGUACUGUGAAUAACUUGGGCUGCAAUGUCCUAACUGGGGAAUGCUCCUGUAAGCGUUUUGUGACUGGAAGAGACUGUAAUCAGUGCUUGCCACAACAUUAUGGGCUCUCAGAGCACCCAGAUGGUUGUCAACCAUGCAAUUGUGACAGAGGAGGCUCACUUGACAACAACUGUGAUGUUAUCAGUGGCCAGUGCAAGUGUCGCCCACAUGUUUCUGGUCGUCGUUGUGACAUUCCUGAAGAAGGCUACUAUGUUGCAACAUUGAACUACCUCACUUACGAAGCUGAACUUGCAAGAGGAUCUGAGCUUUAUUGUGAAGAGGCGAGUCUGUAUGACUUCAGAAAAUCCAGUGGAAGUAAUUGUCAAGUUGUGAUAAGGGAACCUUAUCGAGAUGGACAGGUGACUACAUGGACCGGCCUAGGCUUCAUGCGAGUGUUUGAGGGCUCCUAUCUUGAGUUUGAGAUUGAAAACAUUGAAACAGACAUGGAAUAUGAUCUUGUAAUUCGCUAUGAACCUCAGUUUCGUGGAGAUUGGGAAAAUGUUAUGGUGACCAUUGAGCGUCCUGAACCUAUUGAUGCCAAUGGACCCUGUGGAAAUAGUCGGCCAAUAGAUGACCAGAUAAUAGUUAGUCUGCCAGACAGUCGCCGGCAAGUGACGUUAUUUCCACCAGUGUGUUUGGAGGCUGGGAAACGGUACAAAGUACGUGUCGACUUUAGACGCUCCAAUGCUCGCACAGAUUCUCCAUCUGCAUCAGUUCUUGUUGACUCUAUCAUGUUGAUUCCCAGAGCUGAAAAACUGCCAUUCUAUUCUGGCUCUCCUGAGGGUGAUAGCCUUCGUUAUGAGUACGAGAGGUAUCGCUGUAGUGAAAGCUUUUAUGAAGGCCAGGAUCUUGCCACAGUUCCUGAAGUCUGUAAAGAUAAUCACCUUGACAGCAUUGGCUUCUAUGUUUAUGGACAAGCUUUCUCAUGUCAGUGUGAUGGCACAGGCAGCUACAGCAGCAUCUGCAGUUCACUAGGUGGUCAGUGUGACUGCAAAACUAAUGUUGUUGGACGUCGAUGUGACCGUUGUGCACCUGGAACUUAUGGCUUUGGUCCGGAGGGCUGUAAAGCUUGUGAUUGUAGUCCUGUUGGAGCUUUAGACAACUUCUGUGAGCAACAGACAGGUCAGUGUAAGUGCCGGCCAAAUACAUAUGGUCGUCAGUGUGGCGAGUGUCAACCUGGCUUCUGGAACUUCCCUAACUGUCAGCGCUGUGAGUGCAAUGGUCAUGCUGACACUUGUGACUCCUACACAGGUGUCUGUCAUCAAUGUCGUGACAAUACCACUGGACCAAACUGUGCCUUAUGUGUGCAGGGUUUCUAUGGUGAUCCUCGCCUGGAUGUAGGUAUUGCUUGUAGGCUGUGUCCAUGUCCUGGUACACGAGAUUCUGGUCACAGUUUUGCUGCUCACUGCUCGCUUGACCCUCGAACCAAAGAUGUUAUAUGUGAAUGUGAAGAAGGUUAUGCUGGGUCACGUUGUGAUGUGUGUGCAGACAAUUACUUUGGCAACCCAGAAAUACCAGGAGGUAGUUGCCGUUCCUGUAACUGCAACAACAACAUUGAUAUUUCUCGCCCUGGUAAUUGCAAUGCUCGUACUGGAGAGUGCAACCAGUGUCUCUUCAAUACCUUUGGCUUUUACUGCGAACGUUGUCAACCAGGCUUUUAUGGUGAUGCUCUCAACCAGCAGUGUAGAGAAUGUGUGUGCAAUAUCCUGGGUACAAAUCAGUCCAUUAGUGUAUGUGAUCAUGAGACAGGACAGUGUCCAUGUCUUCCCAAUGUACUUGGCCUGGAGUGUAACAGCUGUGCUCCCAACCACUGGAAGAUUGCUUCAGGUGAAGGCUGUGAGCCUUGUGCUUGUGACCCUGUAGGAUCUUUCUCAGAUCAAUGUAAUGAGCAAUAUAGACAAGGCUAUAGUCAGAGUAAUUCAGUAAGUAGGAGUAUAAGAUUGAGAGCAAAACUAAUAACUAGAUCAUGUAAUAUAUUACACAAUGGUUAUGCUUACAAUAAUAAAACAGUGUUUUUCUUGUUUGCUUGAAAUAAUUCUCAAUUG